GGGUGUGCAGCUGGCUCGUCCCGCCCCUGCCUCUGAUUGACAGGACCGUGGACAGCAAUAUUUGCAGCCGGACACGAAGUUUGUCGGCCAUUGCCUUGGCUGAGCUGAGCAACAGAAAACCACUCGUAUGUAUAUGAGGGACUCUGAACUGCAUGGUGGAGUUUGGAGGGGGGACUGACAAACAGCAGCUGACUGAAAGAUGGUGCAACAUCAACACAAAAGCAAUGCUAUAAAAAAACCUGAUGUAAGAAAAAGCAACCAAGAGUAUUAUUUUUGGUAUCUGGAAUUGAACUUGCCAGAAAUGCGAGUACAGUUUCCUUGGUAAAAACCUUGCCUUGGGAAAAAUCUCAACUCUUGGCAUCCCUCCAGAGUACAGACUUGGCAGCGUCAAGGACACAACACAAGGUCUUCUGGAGAUCAAAGAUGGGUAGAAAAGAUGCCUCCACUGUGAAACUUCCUGUUGAUCAGUACAGAAAGCAAAUUGGUAAACAAGAUUAUAAAAAAACUAAACCUAUUUUACGAGCAACCAAAUUAAAAGCAGAAGCAAAGAAAACAGCAGUAGGCAUAAAGGAAGUUGGCCUUAUACUUGCAGCUAUAUUGGCCCUCCUACUGGCUUUCUAUGCUUUCUUUUAUCUCAGACUGUCCAUGGAUGUUGACCCUGAUCUGGAACCUGAUGAAGAGUAGCUGUACAGCAGUCAAUGCAUUAAAGGGAAAUAAUAUUAUAAAAGCACCUCUUGGGAUCAAUACUCUCUGAAGUACUGAAACUGCAACAUCUUGAAUUUUUUCUGCGGGUAUUUUCGGUUUGCAGAAAUAUCUUUUUGAAUAAUCGCAUAGGAUAUCUUGAAAAGAACCUUAUCUAGCAAUGUAGGCAAUGUAUGCUAUUGGAUACUUUUAUAAAUCAUUCUACUUGGACAGGCACCAUACACAUGGUGCAUUUAGAUAAAAUGGAAAACAUAUCCUAAAUUCUUCUCCAGCCAAUUCAUGUGUAUAACUCCAUCCCUUACAGAUUACUAAAUCUAUUUUUAUUUCUUUAUAUACCAUAAGUAAAAGUAUAUAUCCUCAUUUACAGAAACAUGCUCAAAUCACAUUCAGAGCCUAAUAAGGAACAAAAAGUCAUGGGUAAUUUUUCAUUUUACAAAUAAGCCCCACUUUUUCUCCAGACAUAUUUUAUAUCAUUAGAGUGACUAUCUGCACAUAUAUCUACAGUAAUCUUUUUCCUUCUUUGCCAACUGUUCAGUGCACAUGUUCCCCGUCAGAAAUGGCACCUGGAUGACAGAAGCUCAAGGAGUCACAUAUGUCUCUAAAAUAGUGUUCCUUUCUUCUUGGGCUGUCUGAACUGGUGUAAAUAGAAAGUUCAGUUCAUCUUAAUUUUAAUUAUUACUCUAUUAAUAUAAACUUGAGAUUCUAUUUUAAUUAUGUUGUUCUGGCUGUUUGCAGUAUCAGUUUGCCUAUCUUAUUAAGGAGAUAUGGAACAAUCUUUCUUUUACUUGUGCAGUCUUUUUCACCCAACAAUAGUAGUAGUCUUUUACCUACUCUUUUUCUUGGGCUGUCUCUUAAAUCAGAACAAUGCCAAGUUGUUUUACAAAAUUAGAUUCUGUCUUUUGAGAUUUAGUCAAUUAGAACGCCUCAGUGAAAAAUAAAUAGUACAAGAAAAUAUAUGUCUCAUAUAGCUCUCAUGUUGUUUUCUGUUUAUAAAAUUUUCCAAGGUAUUUUGGGUUUGUUAGAGCAAAAUGACAAGUGUAUUCAGUAUUUUUACCUGUGAUGUAUUUUUAAUAUUUUUUAAACACAUGAAUACAUAAAGCUUAAAAGAUGGGAAUAUAUGUAUCCCAGUAGAGUUGUUAGCUACUGAUAUAUAAAAAUGCAUAGAAAAUGAAUAGAUUGCAAUAUGUGCACAAAAUGUCUUAUAGCAUGUACAUUGUAGUAUAAAUUAAAAUAUUAAGAUUGUUUCUAAACUGACCAAGAGAUGAAAGCUUUGAUAAAUAUCCUAGAUUUGUAUAGGGAUUUGUAAUUACAGUUUCUAAAAAUGAUUCUGUUUGGUACUUUUGCAAAUAGUUGAGUAUGACUGUGAAGUAUUAUAUUCUGUAGAAUUUAAUCAAGUGGCACAAUUUAUUUCAUCAGUGUGGAAACAGCCAAUGGUUCCAGUAUCCUUACAGAUCAUUUAUGCUAAACAUCCAUGGUCAAAAUUUAGCCAGUGUUAUUACUAGGUUCUUCCCUUUCAAGUCACAAACUCAAGAGACAGAGCAAGAGUUCUUACACACUCACCACAGCUGACCAAUUCAAGUGGCAUUUUUAGGAAAGGUUGCAGCAUUUAGUGCCAUGUGGUGUGUCUGCUUGUGAAGUGGGAGGCAAGGGAAUAUCCAAGCUGGCAUUUUGGAUAUGAUGGGCCUUUUACUUCCCUGAGUGACAUGCCACAUGUCAAGAAAUACUGCUUUCCCCCACUGCCAUCACAUUUACGUGAACAAUUUUCAUUGAGUUAUUUCCCCUCCCAUAUGGUGUUAAAAACAGUCAUAUUAAAUAAAGAUUAUUUCUAGUUCUCAGUGGUAAUUUAAAAGAGAGGAUAUGUAAUCAUUGUUUAUUAGAUAACUAUCCAAGUGAGAUGGAACACAUUUUUAAAGUAUAUUAAAUAAUUGAUUAUACUCGUGAAAAUACUUAAAAAUCCAUCAUACUGAAAAAUCUUUACUACCCAUUUCUACUCCUUGGGUGCUGUUUUGGGGGGGGGGGGUUGCUAUUUCUGAUUGUAAUAAAUAAUUCCUCUAAAUAUAGUGUGAUUGUAGGCAAGUUUCUUUGCCUACUUUUGUUGAUAUCCUGAGUUUAUGUCCAGUCCAUUUAUAUGACUGAUUGACUUAUCAAUCCCCCAGGGAAGCAUAAAUCCCAAAGGUGAAACUCUUCGAAUAUAAUAAAUAACAGGUAAAGUGGGAAAAAUAUAUGUUUACACAACACUGUUUUCAUGAAAUGUAAAUUUUGUGAACUUACAUUAACUGGGGAGCAGCCAGUUCUCUGUGGAAGAAUCCCAGAUUGAAAGUCUGGUUUGAGUCUUUGAAGACAGAGAGGUGAUAUCCAGCCUGCUCUUUCAGGAGACCCCACUGUUGAACAGUGAGUGGUGUUUGCAUAAAUCUGAGACUGGCACCAGAUACAAAUUUUAGGCAUGGGUCCCUUUCCUCCACUACCCAUCCAGUAAUUUACUGCUCACAGUAAUUCAUAUAUACAAACUGAAAAAUUAUGACUUUUCAGAUUGUUAGUAUCUAGUUGUUACCAUAUUCUUUGGAAUAAAUUUCAGUGAAUGCAACAGACUUAAAAUAUUACCUGUGGAAUACUGUGAAUGAAACUUGAGGGGUUGCUGGUUUUUAUCUUAUUUUACAUGCAAGUUUAGAUAGGGGUAAAGAAUAUAUAACUUCAUUUGAGAGGACAUAUUGCAAAACUAUAAUCUCAUCUAGAAUUCCAUUGAGAACAAUUUUUAAAGCCUGUAUUAGUACCAAAAUAGGAUUUGUUGUUUAAGGUGGCAGAACACUUUAAGAUCCCCUCAACAUUUUUUUUAUAAUAACAGAAGAAAUGCUCCCACCCCGACCAAUGAUAAGAGCCUGAGACUAUGUUUUUAUUAAUUUCUAUAAUUCCAAUAAUGUAUUUGUCUGCACACAUUUUAUUCAUACAUGUUAAAGUUUAAGUUGAUAUCUUUUAGUACUUUCAGAGUCUGGUGCAGUACUUUGAAUGUAGUAGAUGCUCAGAGAAUUUAAUAAACUUUUAAAAAUCACAGUAUUGAUCAACUCUACCAUUUAGCAUUUAUGGUUAUUAGUUGUAUUGGGACUUAUACACUUCCGAUCUGGUUCUCUUUAAGAUUAAGGUUGUGGUAGAAUAUAGAAAUUGUCCUUUUCUAGUAAAUUAAAUGUCUUUUUUAUCUUAGCAUUAUUAUAAACCAUAACCAGUAUUUCAACUUAGCAUACAUUUUCACUCCAAAUAAAAAUAAAACUAA